AUGGCCGUCGACAAGCUCAUCUGUGUUAUUGGCGCUACCGGGAACCAGGGCGGCUCCGUAGCCCGUCGAUUCCUCCGCGCCGGCUUCAAGGUCCGUGGUUUGACCCGCAACACCACCUCUGCCUCGGCCGAGAAGCUGGCGGCGGCUGGUGCUGAGGUUGUAGCUGUUGACCUGGACGACGUUGAGUCUCUCAAAACCGCUUUCAAGGGGGCCAAUAUCAUCUUCAGCGUGACCAACUACUGGGAGCCUUUCUUCCGCCCCGACUGUCGAGAACAGGCUGCCAAAGAGGGUAUUUCGUGUCGCAAGUUUGCGUACAAUGUUGAGGUACAGCAGGGCAAGAACAUUGUGGAUGCUGCGGCCACGGUAGUAGAUGGUUUGGAUGAUAAUGGAUUCCUUGUCUCGACGUUGAGCCAGGCUGAGAAGUGCAGUGGUGGAAAGUAUAAGGAGUUAUAUCACUUCGAUGCAAAGGCCGAUGUGUUUCCUGCCUACGUACAGCAAAAGUGUCCUGAACUCGCAGCCAAGAUCUCAUGUAUUCACACUGGCUACUUCUUCACGAGCUUCAACAUUCUGCCGGAUUCAUACAUGAACAAGCUGGCAGAUGGAAAUUUCGAAAUGACAUUCACAACAACCCCCGAGGCCAUGGUACCUCAUUUAGACCCUGUAGGAGAUCUGGGUAACUUUGUAUAUGCCGUCUCUCAGAUGCCCCCCGGCAAGUCGUACAUGGCUGCAGGUACCUUCUGCACGUGGCCCGAGUGGAUUGAGACUUGGGGACGCAUUAACAACGUCUCGGUUAAGUACCGACAGGUCACACCUGAUGAGAUGACUGCGGCUACUCCUGAUAGAGAUGCAGGUAUUGAGACUGGAUACAUGUUCUCCUAUACUUCUGAUCCAGGAUACGAUGGCGGAAUGGACCUGUUGACUGCGAAGGACAUUGAAAAGGCGGGCAUCGAAUGCCCUAUGACAAGCUGGGAGGAGUGGGCCAAGAACUACGACUGGUCAGCAAUUCUUUCAAAGUAG